AUGUAUUAAAUAAUUCAUACUAUUUAUCAAACAGAUCAAAUUGUAAUUCAUUAAGCACGGAAUGGAAAUAUCCCUAUGGUUUCUUUAAGUGUAAAUAGAAGACUUGAUUUAAUGCCUCUUGCAUAAUGUGGAGGGUUGUGUUUGAGAGUAACAAAAGAAUUAGGUGCUAAAUUGGAAGUAACAAAUCAAAAAAUAGUUCUAAUAGAAGAUGUAAAAAUUUCAGAUAACAAAACAGAAUUAUAUUUCAUAGGCGAAUUAUAUCAUUUAAAUGAUUAAGACUUAAUGGAAGGGAGAAAGACAGAAAGUGUAAGAAGAAUUCUUAUUGAAUUAUAUAAGGCAUAUAAUUCAUUAUUGAAAUAGAAUAAAUAGUUGGAUUUCUCUCUAUAUAAUCUAUUUUAAGUUUAAGAUCAAUUAAAAAUACUAGAUAUUGGAGUUUUGAAUAAAAAAGUCUAAAAAGACUCAACUCCAACAAAUUAGCUUGCAUUAUUAAUAUUAAAACUGUUUUUAUCUAGACAAUAAUACAAACCACUAAAAUAUAUGAAUUGUGAAUAGUAGAUUGAAUACAUUAGAAAUUUUAAUGAAUUUUCGAUAUUAUUACCUAUGUUAGAAGAUAUUCAUAAAAGAAUUUCUUGGGAAAAUCUUGGUUAUUAUCUAAUAUCUGAUGUUAAUAAAUAAGAAGUUCCUCCAGUUGCUGUGUAUUAUAAAUAGCCAUAUAAAUUAAAUUCAACUCUAAAUUCAUAUAGUUUAGCAGUUCAAAGGAUGCAAAGCAAUAUUAGAUCUAGAAGUAAAAGACACUUAGGAUCUCUAUAUGAGCAUUAGAAAACAUCUAUUAAUGGAUAAGAAGAUGACUCUUAAGAGAAUUAGAGGAUUGUACGUUGCAGAAGAACAAUACAUCCAAAUAUAAAUCUAAUCAAACCAGGAUCUAUGUAAUCUACUCCAAAUCAUAAUAAAAUGGAACAUCCAAAUAGACAUUCACCUAUAAUUUUGAAUACACAAUCAUAAACCUAACAGAUUAGAUCAUAAUUUAAAACAGAAAAUUCAUUAUAAACUAUUCACCAAAACAUUUCAUAUGAUAAUUUCUUUUUAAAUACUUAAACAAUGACUCCUGAAGAUUCAUAAUCUAAAUUCGUUUCGAUUAAUGCUAGUGUUAGUUAAAAUUUUUAUUCCUAAGAAAAUUAAAUUACAAAUGAAAAUGAAUAAUUAAGUACUUUACAAUAAUUAUAAGAGAAGAGUACUAUUUAACAUGAAAAGAAAAUAAUUUUCAAAUUACCAUAACAUAAAUAGUUACCUCCAAAAGAUAAUGAAUCAACCAUUAAAGUUAUCAAAUUUGAGGAAGAUGUAGUUAAAGAAUUUGAAUAAUAUACUGAAAAAUAUAAAGAAUAUAUAGAAUGUUUAAAUAUGAUUGGAAAGACUGUUGCUAAAUGCAUAACUACUUUGGAUGCAAAGAAUAAUUUAUGGAUGAUGCCUUUAUUUAUAGUAUUUAAACGUAUGUAUUAAUUAAGAAUGUAAUUAGAAGAUAGUAUAAAAAAUAAUCAUAAUAUUUAUAAAUUCUAAUAUUUUUAAGAAUAUAUAGAAAGUUAGAAAUAUCAAGAAUUUAAAGAGGAAUUUUUUAAUUAAAAUAAUAUUGUAAAAAAUGAAGUAUAAACUUUAUUAUAAAAUUGUGAAUUUAAAAUUGAUAAACUUGAUAAAAAAAAUUAAUAGAAAAUAAUUCCAUUAUUAAAUCUAAAUUUGGAUUAAAGUAUUAGAGAUAUUUCUUUUAUUUACUUUUACUAACAGAUUUAUAGUCAUAUUAAAAAGUUAAUGGUAGAAAGACCUAAAUAAGCAUAGUAAUUAAGGGAUUUAAUUGUUAAAAUAUAAUGUUCUUUAUUAAUUAUGGACUAAUCUAUCGGUGAUUUCAAAUUUGAUAUGAAGGAAUACAAUAAUCAUAAAUAAGAGGAAUAGUAUAGAUAAGAAAAUGAAUAAAAAUUAGAGAAAAUAAAAAUGAGAAUAUAAAAAAAUGGAUAUUAAUUUUGA